AAAUCAGCUAAAUUAUAACAUUUUUGUUCCUUUGAGACCGGACCACUUCCUGUGGUCAGAAAACCUUCCGAUUUUCUGAUAUGCAAUGAAAAUAAAUGGUUUUCAUUUGGUAUUGUUGGCAUUUUCCAUAUUAUCCCAGUAGAAAUAAUUUUGUAGAAGAGCUUUAGUUUAACCUGUGGCCGGUUCCACAAAGCCGUUAAAACGGGACUUCCUGUGCCGUGCCGUGGCGGCGUAGGGGAUCGAGCCACCCAGGUAUGGAGCCUUGAGUCCUUGAUGCCGUCGUCACGGGUUCGAUUCCUGGACCCGGCAACAUUUACCGCAUGUCUUCCCCUUCCUUCUUUUCUGUCAGCCUACUUACACUAGAGCCCACAAAAGACCCCUGGAGGAAAAAAAACCAAAACGGGACUUUCUGUUGAGCAACCUGCAGCCUCUUGAUCCGCUCCAGGAGAAUUAUCUGAAUUCUGCAGAAUCUCUACGAAGCAACGAGAAUCUGCCCCCCUGCAGGGUGAAGACGACCAUCAGCCAAUCAGGACCAGGCUUUCUGCAGGACCCACCCCCAGCAGGGCUUACACCCGGACGCGACGCUCCUGCCGGUUGUCAUUGCUCAGGACUUUGGCUCCAGAAAACGCUGCGUCCACCAGAAGCAGGACGCCUCUGCCAUGGCCGUGCUCACCCACCUGCUGGCCGUCCUCUUCGGGAUGGGCUCCUGGGUCUCCAUCAACGGCCUGUGGGUGGAGCUUCCUCUCAUCGUCCCGCAGGUCCCAGAGGGAUGGUACCUGCCCUCCUACCUGUCCGUCCUCAUCCAGGCGGCCAACGUCGGGCCGCUCGUCGUCACCCUGAUGCACCGCCUCCGGCCCGGCGUCCUCAACGAGGCGGCGGUCAUCUACACGAUUGUGGCGGUGGGCACCGUGGCCAGCUUCCUGCUGGCUUUCUUCUGGAAGGAGACGGUGGUGGUGGCCGGCGGCCCCCGCAGCCUGGCUCUGCUGGUUCUGACCUUCUUCCUGGCAGCUGUGGACUGCACCUCCUCCGUCACCUUCCUGCCCUUCAUGAUGCGCCUCCAGCCGCACUUCCUCACCUCCUACUUCAUCGGGGAGGGGCUGAGCGGCCUGUUGCCGGCCCUGGCGGCUCUGGCCCAGGGCGUCGGCCUGGUGCGCUGUGUCAACAGCAGCCAGUCCCUGAACCACAGCGGCCACGGAACCGGACGCCUGGAGGCUCAGUACCGGCCCUCCAACUUCUCCGCCGAGGUCUUCUUCUUCUUCCUCAGCGCCAUGAUGCUGGUGAGUCUGGUGGCGUUCCUGCUGCUGGACCUCCACCCGGCCGUGGCCCGCCAGCAGCCCGACCCGCGCUACUCCACCGGGUCCAGGGAGAGGUCCCGGAGCAGCCGGAAGAGGACCGAGCAGAGGCCCAUGAUGGACUCCUUCAGGCCCCAGAACCACAAACCCAAAAGCAGCUCUGGUUCCAGCUCCUGCAGCCGGAAGCAGCUGAUCUUCAUCUUCGUGGUUCUGGGCUGGGUCAACGCCCUGAGCAACACGGUCCUGCCGUCCGUCCAGUCCUACUCCUGCCUGCCUUACGGGAACGGCGCCUACCACCUGUCGGCCGCGCUGGGCGCCGUGUCCAACCCGCUGGCCGGCUUCGUCGCCAUGUUCGUCUCCAUCAGGUCGCUGGUGUUCCUGGGCUUCCUGACGGUUCUGGGAACCGGCAUCGGGUCGUACAUAAUGCUGAUGGCGGCGCUGAGUCCUUGCCCCCUGCUGGUCAACGACGGUGCUGGCGCUGCCAUCAUGGUGCUGGCCUGGAUCCUCUUCAUCUUCUCUCUGUCCUACGUGAAGAUCAUAAUUGGGGUGAUCCUGCGGGACGAAGGUCACAGCGCCCUCGUGUGGUGCGGAGCGGUGGUGCAGCUCGGCUCCCUGCUGGGAGCGGUCACCAUGUUCCCUCUGGUCAGCGUCUACGGCCUGUUCUCCUCCGGGGACCCAUGCAGCACCAGCUGCCCCUGAGGGAACCAUCAGGGGAACCAUUUAGGAUCCUCAGUUAAUCAGGAGGGUCUACAUGUUGCACUCGCUUUUAGUUCUUUGCUCUUUUGUUUUAUU